CAGACGUCGCUGCAGAGAUAAACGUGUCUGCAUUCAAAGAGUUCAUAGAAUUAAGUCAUGCAUAUGAGUGGUGCGUGGGUUUGACUGUUUCAAUGAAAGUCGUACAGGAGAAGAACUACUCGGACAUCAUGGCGUCGCUUUGAAAGUCAUUGUUUUAAAACAAAAAAAAAGUCUUAGAAGAAACCGCUAUUGUAUGUUUUUCUUUUUCAGGUUUUAAUUACGCAUUAAUUACGCAUCAGAGUGGAACCUAAACAGCAAGACGUGGAGACGCAGAAUCGACCAGGGGAACCAAACUGAACGUCCAGGAGCGAAACUAACCGGAUCAUCAGCCGAUCAGACCCUGAUGUCCUCCUGGUUCCAGUCCCUGAAAGAGGACUUCGUUCUGAGGCCGUUUGAGACGCAGCACACUCCCAACGACAGUGUUGCCAUGGCGUCGGAACCUCCAGAUGUGAUGACCAAUCAGGAGCCAGUUGAGGUUACGGAAGAAUGCUCAAAAAAAAAGAAGUCAAAGUUCCAGACCUUCAAGAAGCUGUUCGCCAGGAAGAAGAGGAAAGACGGCCCCGCCCCCGGGGAGGAGGCGGGGCUUACCGCCAGCCAAUCGAGCGAUAACGUCAACAGUGCGCUCGAGGACGAGACGCUUGCUCGUGCUGAGAAUGAGAAAGGCUCUGGCCCCCAUCGUAGCGGCAAAACCAACCACCGGUUUGGAGUGAGGAUGAGGAUAAAUAUGUCAAAGCUCAGCCUGGGCAGCAAGGCCAGGUCACAUGACUCCAUCUUCGUCUCUGAUUCGCUGGAACCCCCGGAGGCUCUGGAGGCGUCGCAGGACAGUCUGCACGGCAAGGUCAAGUCUCUACAGCUCCAGCUGAAGAGGGCCAUCGGUCUGGGCCCCAAGAAGGGGGCCGAUGACGCGGGGACAGUGUCGGAGGAUGACGGUCUCCCGUGCAGCCCGCCCGAGUACUCCACGUCACACACCGCGCUCGCGAAGAGGAACAGCUCCGUCAGUCUGGAGGGGAUGGACAGCGAGGACGAGCAGUUGUCCUGUGAGGCCUCCAGCAGGGCCGGGAGCCCCCUGGUGGUGGUUCCGGGGGACUUCAGCCAGCCCGCCAGCCCCUUCAGCUGCCUGGACAACUCGGCCUCCAAGCACAAGCUGGGCCUGCGACACAAGGCCUGCAACAAGAGGAAGCCCGCCACGAGAGCGGAGAUCAGACCCGCGGGGGAGACUGAGGCCCAGGCAAACCCCAGCAGACCCCCAGGGGAACGACCCGAGGACCAGGACAAAGACAGCACAGAUACGAGCAGCAAUCGGCUGUUACUAAAGCAGGAGGGAGAGGAGGAGGAGGAAGAGGAGGAGGAGGAGGAGGAGGAGGAGACCCAGAUGAAGGCGGAGGCAGAAGAGGAGGAGGAGGAGGAAGAGGAGGAGGAGGCCCAGAUGAAGGCGGAGACAGGAGAGAAGGAGGAGGCGAAACCACCACAGCACUCCAAACACUCCCAGCUGCAAGAGGCCAGGGAGGAGGAGCAAGAGGCGGAGCAAGAGGAGGAGCAGCAGCUGGAGGCGGAGCAAGAGGAGGAGCAGCAGCUGGAGGCGGAGCAAGAGGAGGAGCAGGAGAAGGAGCAGCAGGAGGGGGAGGAGGGAGCUAUCCAGGAUGUGGUGUGUUCCCCUCCUGUCCCCCGUGUGAGGACGAAGCUGCCCCCAUCCUCCUCCCCCCCUACCUCCUCCAUGGAGACCACCAGCGCAUCAGCAGAGCCCCCUGCUGGCCCGACGGAGUGCCUGCUGAACCCCCUCGGCUCCAACGAUGGGGCCACGGAGGGCGACGGACCCCUUCUAGGGGUCGGAGAGGAAGACAAGGAGGAGGAGGAAGAGGCGGAGCAGGAAGAGGAGGAGGAGGAGGAGGGUUCCUUCCUGCAGGAGGUGCUCAGCUCGUUGAGGGAGAGCCCCCUCCACUCCUCCCUGGCAGGCAGCACCUCCUUCGGUCUGGAGAAGCUGGCAGCGGAGGAGGAGGAGGAGCAGGGGGAGAGGGAGGAGCUAGAGCAGGAGGGGGAGGAAGAGGAGGAGCUCUGUGACGACAGGGUGGAGGCCAGGAUGGAGGAAAGAAACGCCAUGGCAGAGGAAGAACGGGAGGAGGAGGAAGUGGAGGAGACAGUCCGUCACAGAGAGCCUCCCUCUGCUCCUGCUGGUCCACAAGCAGAAGAAGAGGAGGGGCCUGCCCCUCUUGACCCCGCCCCUUCCUGUCCCGCUGUAGGUCCCGUCGGGGAAGAGGAGGACGGACGGACGGAAGAGCAGGAGGACGAGAUGAUGGAACAUUCUGGACAAGGAGAACAGGCGACCGAGAACACGGAGGCUGAGGAAGCCGCGCCAGAGUCACCCCCCGCAGGAGAAGAGGAGGAAGAUGAGGAGGGAAACAUCGUCCAGUCCGGCGUGCAGCAGGAGAAGAGCGGAGUGAGGCCACAAGAACUCCAACCCGACAAUGACAUCAGCGACCAGGUGGCAGAGAACGAGGGAGAGACGGACCGGGUGGAACCGGAGGAAACGGAGCUGGGGAAAGAGUGUGUGGAGAGGAGAGAGGAGGAGCAGGAGGAGGAGGAAGAGGAGGAGGAGGAGGAGGCCGAGAGGCAGAAGGAGGGAGAUGGAGUCGCCGCAGCGGACAAUGCAAUGGAAGACGAAGAGCAGGCCGAGGAAACGGCGCCUCCGGCGUCCAUGGCGGUGGAACAGGAGGCUGAUGUCGGGGCCAGUGCGGACGCCGUUCUGUCGGCCUCUUCGACGGCGCAGCGAGGACACGCCCACCCGGCGUCUGACCCGGCGCCCGCAGCCACUCCGGGAGAGCAGAACGCCUCCCGGCACAGCUCUGGAGGGGGAGGAGGAGGAGGCGAGGACGAGACUCUGACGGAGGAAGGAGACAUUGAGGAGAUGGAGCUGAGUGCGGACCUAACGCCCGACGUGGAGACAGAGGGAGCGCACGCCCAGGCACACGCUACAGGCGGCGUCCCGGCGUCCGUCGAAGCGGACCGACCGGAGGCCGGCGGGGAAGAAACCCUCGUCGUCACGGCGACCCAGAGGGACGCGGUCCGAAUGGAAACGGAGCAGGAGCCGGAGCCGGCCUCCCCCGUCCCGCCCUCCCGGCCCCCCAGCGCUCCGUCUCAGGGCGACGCCCACAUGGAGAGCGAGCCGGAGGGCGAGAGCGCCCCGGCGGUCGAAGAGGCCCCCGCCGCGGCCGACGCCACCUCAGCCGUCCCGGAGGCCCGCACGGACGCCACGCUCACCGCCAGCCCCUCGCUCCGUCGCUCCGAGGAGGACGUGUCUCCUCCUGAUGAGGUCACAGAGGUAACGGCGAGGGAGGAGAAGGAGGAGGAGGAGAAGGGGGAGGAGCAGGAGGAGAAGGGGGAGGAGCCAGCCGCUCUUCUUGGCCCCCGGGCGACCGUAGAGACGAGGGCUGACGGACAGACGGCGGUGGAUCAGGAAGGACCCGCAGACGACACCGGAGACGCGGGAGGGCCGACAACCGACGAAGAAGAAGACGACCGGGACAGGGCAGAGGGGGAGUCGCCGCGGCGAUCCUCCGUCGGUCCCUCGUCCGUUGCCAUCGAGACGGAGCCCAGACAGCCGCCGCCCGCCGACAGCACUGAGCGGGGGGGGGUGCACUUCACCAUCGCCUCCGCCCGGCAGAGAUCCCUCUCCGGAGGAGGAGGAGGGGAGGGGGAGCGGGCAAAAGAGAGCUCCGUCACAAGCCCCCAACCCUCCUCCCCUAUUCCCCCCUCCCCCUUGGAGUCUGCCGACAGGCCGGUCGUGGCGGCGGCGGCGGCGGCGGCGGCGGCGGCGGCGUCCAGAGCGGGACGGGUGAGCGUGUCGUCGGCAGAGGUGACCCUGAGCCCCGUCAGUCCAAGGACCCCCGCCGGCCCCCUGACCAAACUCCGGUCCUCCUCCACGUCAGCCCCCGACGAGGGGGGCGCUCCGGCCAAGGGGAACCCUGAGAGCCCGUUCGGGGUCCGGCUCAGGAGGACGGCGGUAGCCCCGCCCCGUAGCGGCGAGGAGGCGGGCCCUCAGUCUCCCCCGUCAAACCCUGAGCCAACAGCCCAGCCAAUGGACAACAAGGCGGUCGCUUCUCCACCAAUCAGUGUGAAGCCUUGCCUGAUUCAGCCAAUCAGCAUUAAGCCCGCCCUGCCCAAGAAACCAGAAGUCCAAUCACGAGCUUUGGAAGCAUCCAUAGGGCGUGGUGCUUCCAGUGUUCCCAGCGGUUCCAGUGGUCCCAGUGGUCCCAGUGAGCCCCCCAGCUGGAUCUCCAUGGCCCGACAGAAAUCGAAAGUCUACAAGGACACAUCACUGGACGACGCCUCCAGUGCUGCAAAGGAGGAGUCAGAGAGGAAGUCGUCCCUGCCGUCGUACGUCAGCUCAGCCGCCAGCAGGGAGAGCAGCAAGGCACCCUCCUCCACGGGCAAAGUGACUUCAACAGAGGCGGCCAAAGUUGUGUCCCCCAUGGAGAAGGACUCGAGGAAAUCUCUCUCAACCCCCUUACCGGUGCCCGCCCAGACCUCCAAAGCCCAGCCCCCCAAAGCCCAGCCCCCCAAAGCCCAGCCCCCCAAAGCCGAGACCCCCAGAGCCCAGACCCCCAAAGCCGAGACCCCCACAGCCCACCCCCCCACCGCCCAGACCACCAAACCACAGACCCCUCCCUGCCCCAUCACCCCUAAACCCUACUCCCCGUUCUCCAGCGGCGCCCCAAAGCCUUUGAACCUCCCGGCCCCCUUCAGAAAACCCCUCUGCCCCCCUACCCCCGUCCCUGCCAUCUCCCGGGUCACCGGCCCCCCGGCCCCCCCCUCCAAAGCUCCCCUCUCCCCCCCUAUCCCCGUGCCCGCUGCCCCCCGGAUCACCAGCCCCCCGGCCCCCCUCUCCAAAGCUCCCCUGCCUCCCCCCGCCGCCCCCCCAGCGGUGAAGACCUCUGUCCCACAAAGCCCCGCCCCCGCCGCUCCGGCCUCCGGCGCGUCCCCCCCCCCCCCCCCGGGCCUGCCCCAGGCCGAGCCCCCCUGGAUGGCCCUGGCCAAGAAGAAGGCCAAGGCCUGGAGCGAGAUGCCUCAGAUCGUGCAGUAG